GUAGGUACAUAGAUGUUUCCGUUCGAAUAGAAUCGAAUGCAUAGUAGAUGACACGAUCUAAUUGUACGAUUGAACGUAACGGCAGUAUUUUCUAUUAGUACAAACAUGUUGCAUUUGACAAGUCCAUGCAAUUGUUUUGCUGACAUUAACUGAAUUGUGUGAGAUGCCAACUGUUAAACUCUUGUUAAUUUUCGCUUUGUUGGAUUUUGGUAUUACUUUGAGGCAUGGAAAUAGUCCAGACCUCCAUCCCUUGAACCCUUUGACCGAGGAGGAAAUCCAAAAAGCCGUCCAAAUUGUUGAAAACCAUAAAGAUGCAUCCGUCACAAAAUAUGUUUAUAACUUUAUCGCACUCCUCGAACCCCCGAAAUCCGUUCUGCUUCCGUUCUUUCUUUCCAACGUAGCCCCGCCAGUGGGGACUCGCAAAGCUUUUCUUCUUGUACAGGUUAAUUUUUUUCAGAUUUAUGAAGCAGUCGUCAAUCUGAAUACGAAUCAAAGAGAGAGCUACGUUAACGUUAAAAACGUUAGAGCACCAAUUACCCCACGAGACGCUGAGGAAAAUGAACUUGCCGUCCUUUUACGUGACACCCGAGUGCAAAAGCGCUGUGCAGAUUUAGGCUACCCAAACAUGUCUCUCGUGGAGGCUAGCCCACAUCCAGUUCCAACUUAUGACAAUCGUACCGAUUGGGAGGGCAAGAGAUUGCUAGAGUAUUUUUUCUUCGGAAGGAAUUUCCCUGAUGACAAUUAUCACGCUCAUCCAUUUGACUUUUUCGUCAUCUACGACCUGGACGCCCAUGCAGUCUUAGAAAUCCAAAAUACUCCCAGCCAUGCCGACUUCAGUACGGACAAUACCGGAAAUACAGCUCCCCGCAAAGAAGCGAACUAUGAGUAUGAACUACGAGGUGGAAAGUCAAGUCUGCGCCAGGACGAUAAACCAAUGAAAUUCAGUGGCAAAAGUUGAAAUUUCGAGUGGGAUUCACUGGGCGGGAAGGUCUGAUUUUACAUACCGUUAGUUACAACGAUUCAGGGAAAUAUCGCCCACUUUUAUAUCGGGCUAGUCUGACAGAGAUCUAUGUGCCUUAUGGUGACCCGAGGCCUCCGUUUCAUCACGUUGGGUACUUUGACAUGGGCGAUUUUGGGGUUGGAUAUCACGUGAAUCCACAAAUCCUUGGAGAAGAUGUCCUCGGAGCGGCAACUUUUAUCGAUGCCAUCAUUCAUAACGUACACGGAGUUCCUUUUCGUAUUAAAAAUGCUAUAAGCGUCAGGGAAGAAGAUGCAGGAAUAUUGUGGCAACAAGCUGACUUCCGCGCACCCAAAAAAGUUGUCACAGUUCGAUCCCACCGACUCGCAGUGGCGUGCACGACAACGUUUAACAAUUAUGAUUACAGCAUCAACUGGUUCUUCUAUCAAGAUGGCUCAAUCCAGUUUCAAAUUCAACUCUUAGGAAUCAUUUACACCACGAUGAUCGCGGCAGGGUCGAAGAGUGGGGUUUGGGGGACGCAAGUGGCUCCACAAGUUGGGGCACAAUUUCACCAACAUUUUUUCACGGCGAGGAUAGACUCGGAUUUCGAUGGAAUUGCCAAUUCAGUGUCGACUCAGGACGUCCAAGGUCUUAAUGCAGAUACGAAUUCAGCUUCAAACCCGUACGGUCAAGGGAUUACAUUGAAUGUAACACUGCUCAGAACGGCGGGUGAAGGUCGAACGAAUAUUGCUCCAUUGAAAGGGCGAACGUGGGUGGUGACGAAUCCCAACAAAGCUAGUCCCGUUACUGGAAAGCCCGUAGGAUGGAAAUUGAUUCUAGGGACGAUGCCACCAUUGUUGAUGAAGAAAGAUAGUCCGCUACGACCAAGGGCAGGACAUUUGGAGCAUGACGUUUGGGUGACCCCUUACCGAGAUGGAGAUUUAUACCCGGGGGGAUUUUAUCUGAAUAAUAGUGGUUUACCAGAGUGGGUGGGAAGUGAUCCGGGAGCAAGUAUUGAAAAUACGGACGUCGUACUGUGGCAUAAUUUUGGAAUUUCUCACAUCACGAGUCCAGAAAAUUAUCCAAUAAUGAACGUGGAGACGGUAGGAUUUUGGCUUAAGCCGUACAAUUUCUUUAAUGAGAAUCCUGCCAUAGAUGUCCCACCAACAGUUACUUCUUAGCAUUUCAUGUUAAUAAUGGUUUGUCAUGACUAAUCCUAAGACAGGUAAACGAAUGCCGGUUAACAUUAAAGAAUUAAUACAUUCAAAUGUACAUAUCCAACGUUUUCAUAAAUUUUAUUAACCUUUAUUCAUAUAGCUUUAUGUAAUAAUUUAUGUCGUCAAUAAAUGCCAAUUAGAUUAAUUGGAUCAGAAUACAGAUAUUGGCAAAUAAGUGAUAGAAAUGUAUUGGAAAAAUACUUAUAAAGUUCGACAAAUACAAGUCUUAUAUGUACAUAAAUAUGUCCUUAGACCUUUGUGGGGAUGGUUGUCACGCCAGGUUCACUCUUCUGAAACUGAAUUAUGAUAAUUAAAUAAGUCGUCACAGAUCCGAGUAUCUAAUCAAUAUAAUAAUGAUUCAAUUUGUAGUUUAUUAAAAUUUUCCAUUUGACAUUAAAAAUUUUACCGAAAUCAAAAAUUUCAAGUCCAAGUCGAACACGCUCGUUCUAAUUAAAAGUGGUUUUCCAGAAAAAGUUGACGUAACCAAUUGCAACUGUAAAUCGUACAUAAAAAUAAGUAUUAAUGGCGUUACGACAAUUAAACUAUUGAAAAUUACCUUAUGCUGAAUGUUACGGUUCAAACAGAAAUCACAACUCCCUAACUUCGCCAACUGAUUAAACAAUUGAAAAGUUUUUCUAGACAAGUUCGUAGACAGGCGUGCCACGCAGUAAAUUGAGUACCCCGACGCAAAAAUUGGAAUGAUUUGAAUGAAAAUAAAUCGAAAUGACACCAUA